AUGCAACACAGUGAGCAUAAAAAUAAGUCAAAGGAGUUCUUUGAAGCAACUCGAGCUGAACUCAAAAAGCAACAACGCUCCUUCGAUAGCAUUAUGGUCCAUCAAGAAAAGGAAGAGAAGUCCCUUCUAAUGACAUCAAUGGAAAUAGCACAUAUACUUAUGAAAAAUAAGAAACCUUUCACUUUAGCUGAGACAGUCAUUCUUCCAUGCUUAGAAAUAGCUGCCCAGCAUCUUCAUGGAGGCAAGAAACCACGUGAUAAGGUUCGGAGUAUUCCACUUUCAGACUCCUCAAUGAAACGUCGAUCUGUGGCAGUCGCUGAAGAUUUGAAGGAUCAGCUACUUACAAGGCUCAGGGCAGCACCCUGGUUUGGUUUGCAGUUCGAUGAAACCACUGACAUUGUAAAUGUUGCUCAACUUUUAGCUUACUGCCGCUUUCCUGACAGUCAGUCCAAGAAAAUUGUAGAACAUUUCCUAUUUUGUUUACCACUAGGUGUGCAGACAACAGCAGAGGAAAUAUUCACCAAGAUAAAUGAGUUUAUGGUCAAGAAUAAUCUGAGCUGGAAAAAAUGUGCUUGUGUUACCACAGAUGGGGCUGCAGCAAUGGUUGGAAGUAAGAAAGGUGUUGUUAAGAAAAUUAAGGAUGUUGCUCCCAGCUGCUGUUCUAUUCACUGUAUAAUACAUCGGGAGGCAUUGGCUGCCAAGAAUUUACUGUCAAAUGUGGGGAAAAGUGAUUUUGACGAAAUCAUCAGUGAUGUGGUAAAGAUAGUGAAUAAUAUCCGUGCAAAAGCAAAAAAGAGUCGCAUGUUUGAACAGCUUUGCAAGGAAAUGGAUGCAGAAUUUUCUAAGCUCCUACUUCAUGCAGAAGUUCGUUGGCUGUCUUGUGGCAAAGUGUUGAACAGAUUUCUAACACUAAGAGAAGAAGUGUGUGUAUUUCUGACAGAAGAAGAAGACGAAAGGGCUGUCAAGCUCCAGGACAACUACUGGAUUGCCAGAUUAUCAUACAUGGCUUCUAUCUUUGAGAAACUGAAUCAAUUAAACCUAUCCCUUCAAGGCUUUGGUGGGGAUAUUUUUGAUGUCACUGGCAAGAUUGAAGCUUUCAAGUUAAAGAUUGGGUUAUGGAAAAGAAAAGUUGAAACUAAGGACUUCGCUAAUACCAGAUUAGCCAAUCUGGAAUCAUUGACACCUACUUUGCUAGAACUGUCCACUGAUUUUGCACAGAAGUCAUCAUUCCAUGAAUUCUCCUACUAUGGAGAUUUCUGGUGCUCACUUUUAGGAAUUCCAGAGUACCAAGAACUUGCACGAAUGGCCAUGACUUAUCUAGUGCGGAUGCCAACAACAUAUCUGGCAGAGAAAGGCUUCUCUAAUCUGGUGGAUAUUAAAACAAAAAAGCGAAACCAGUUACAAGAUGUGGAUUCUCUGAUGAGGGGGGCACUGGAAAGUGAAAUAAAACCUCGCUUUGAAAAGAUUGUUGGAACAAUGCAGCAGCAACCCAGCCACUGA